AUGCUUCAGGGGCCAUGUGUAGAUCCCUUUGAUAUCUCCGAAGCAUCCACAAAGUUGAUCAACAUAGCUACAGCAGCAGUUGCACCAGAUGCCAUAGAGAAAAAUCUCUGUAGUGCACUUGACAAGGGCACCACCAUGGCUGAUAACGUUGUCUCUAACCUGGCAUCUGACAACCCAAAGAGCUUCUAUGCACCCAUACCUCGGUCAAACAUCAAGACCAUGCAAGAGAUGAAAAAAAAAGUCAAAAUCAAGUCAAAGACUGUGUCUAUCAAGGGUGAAACCAUGUAUGUUCGCCUAUUAGCAGUCAAUGCCGUCAAGAAGGUCCCACUUCAAAGGGUGAUGGCAUUUGAAAAUGCCCCUGUGCCCAUGAGCAUCUUCAAUGAUGAUGGUACAAUGGUAACAUGUGAAAAAUCAGACACCAUGCAUAAGCUUGAAGAACUGAUUCCGGGAGACAAAAUCACCAGCCUGGACAAGCAUGUUGAUGCUGUGAUAUACGAUGGCCAUGCUGUCAUCCAGUCGCUGCCUGCUCCCUCUACCACACUGCCCAUCACUUUCAGAGAUAUGGCGCCUGUGGCCCAGGUGCUGGCGCGGGACAACGGACCUCAGGAGGCGGCGGCCACGCAGCUCACCUACUCGCUGCUCAAGAACGUGGUGGACGAGGCCAGCGGGCGGCAGCUGUUCGCUGUGGACGGCCGCACGGGGCUCGUCACCACGGCGCUCUGCUGCCUCGACAGGGAGCGGGCGGCGCGAUACACGCUCACGGCGGCGGCGACGGACGGCGGGGGGCUCAAGGCCACGGGCACGGUGCUGGUGGAGGUGACGGACGUAAACGACACGCCGCCGAGGUUCGCGCGUCGCUCCUGGCAACUCUACGUGCGCGAGAACCAGCCGAGGGACGCACCGCUGGCCGGCCUGCCCGUGACGGACCGCGACGCCCGCACCACGCUGGCCUUCGCGGUGGUGCCGGAGAGCGGUCGGGGGUGGCAGCUGUUCAGUGUGGAGGCCGGGGGGGGCGAGGGGGGCGGGGGGCACGAGGGGGGCGUCCUGAAGGCCCUCGUUCCCCUGGACUACGAGAACCCGGACCACCGCGGGGAGUUCCGCUUCAAGGUGCAGGUCACGGACAAGGCCGUGCAAGGGUGGCAGCAGCAGGGGCGGCAGGGGGGGGCGCAGGGCCACGUGGACGAGACGUGGGUGAGCGUGUGGGUGACGGACGCCAACGACAACACGCCCACGCUGAGCCACGCCCACGCCCACCGCACCCUGCCCGAGGACACGCCCAUGGGGACGCGCCUGGCAGCCUUCCCCGCCCACGACGCCGACAAGGACGGUCGGAGUCGCAUCAGCUACGCCGUGGCCCCGGAGAGUAACCCGCGGGGCAUAUUCAGCGUGGACGGGGCCGGGGCGGUGCUGCUGGCCGGGGCGCUGGACCGGGAGACGCAGGCCGCCCACACGGUGCUGGUGUGGGCGGUGGAUGACGGGGAGCCGCCCAGGACAGCCACCGCCACCCUUACCGUCAACGUGACGGAUGUGAACGACAACGCGCCGUUCCUCCGAGAGCCGCGUGAAGUGACGGUGCAGGAGAACGCGGGGCCCAGGGAGGUGGCGCGGGUCAGGCUGGGGGACCGGGACAGCUGGGGGGAGGGUCACGGCCCCCCCUUCACCCUGGCCCUGGACCCCCGCGCCCCCCCCCACGUGGCCGCAGUGAUACAGGUGACGCAGGAUCCAGGCGGCGACGAGGGGCGGGGCGUGGGCGUGGUGGGCACCCGAGCGUCGCUGGACCGGGAGGCGGGGCGGGUGGUGCUGGUGCCCCUGGUGGUUGGGGACGCAGGGCGGCCCCUCCCCCGCACCGCCACUGUCACCCUCACCCUGCACGUGGGGGACGAGAACGACAACCCCAUGAUGCCCGCCGCCAAGACCGUGGCGGCCCACGCCGCCCCCGGGUCUCCGCCCCCCCAGCCCCCCGUGGUGCCCCUGGGCCGGGUGUACGUGCGGGACCCUGACGACUGGGACGCCGCCUCCAAGCGCUACGCCUGGCGGGGGCCGCCCCACCCCGCCUUCACCCUGGACCCUGCCACGGGGCACCUCACCAUGGGGGCCGCCACGCAGGAGGGGAGGUACGAGUUGGCGUUCAGCGUGAGUGACGAGGCGCAGGGCCAGGUGGGUGUGGAGGCCAACGUGACGGUGGAGGUGCGGGCCGUGAGUGCCAGCGCGGCCGAGGGUGCCACGCCCCUCACACUGGAAGCACCGCCGCGCCAGGUGGUGAGGGAGCAGGGCGGCGAGUCAGUGCUGAGCCGUCUGGUGGAGGCCGCGGGUGUGUGGGUGACGGGGGGCGGCGCGGGGGUGGUGGCGGUGUGUGUGGAGCCGCUGGGGACCGAGCCACACCAGCACACCAGGGUCUGGCUCGCCGCUCCAUCAUCCACACCAUCAUCCACUUCCACUCACUCCAGUUCAUCAUCGUCAUCUUCGUCUUUUUGCGCCUCCUCCUCAUCAUCUCCACCAGGUCACUGUCUCCAAGAUCUCCUCCUUCUUCAUCGGGACAAGCUGAGUGAGGCUGCGGGGGUCUCAGUGACGGAGGUGGGGAUGGGGGCAUGCCCUGAGGGGGCGGCAGCUGGAUGUGCGGGCGGGUGUGUGCUGCGGGUGGGGCUCAGCGAACACUUUGUCUUGGUGGACGCAAACACAUCGUCCAUCGUGGGGCCGCAGCUCAGCCUCCACCCGGCCUGCAGCUGUGGGGUGGCGGCAGCAGAGGAGGGGGAGGAGGAGGAAGCGCAGGGCUGUGUCCAGGGAAGCUGUCUGAAUGGCGGCCGCUGUGUGCGUACGUCCCAGGGUGCAAGGUGCGUCUGCCCCCACCACACCCACGGGUCCAGGUGCAAGAUGCUGGCCAGGCACUUUGACGGGGGCGGGGCAGGUGACGGGGGGCAGGCGUGGGUGUGGGUGCCCCCUGUGCCCCCCUGCCCUGACGUGCACCUCAGCCUGGAGUUCCUGACACACUCCCCCGACGCAACACUCCUCUAUGCUGGCCCUCACAGCCUCCCACCCACGCACUCCACCCAUAGCCACCCACCACCCACACUCCACAAUACAACCCAGUCCCUGCCCACUGCCAGGGACGUCUUGGCCCUUGAGCUGCGGGCUGGCCAGCCGUGGGUGCUGCUGGACCUGGGCGGGGGGCCGGUCAGCCUCAGCCUCAACACCUCCACCCUCGCUGACAACACCUGGCACCGCCUUGACCUGCUCUGGGCCAGGCAGGUGGUGGUGCUGCUGGUGGACCUGUGUUCAGGAGGGAGCCUGGACACCACCACCACCACCUCCACCCCCAACGCAGCCAGCCUGUUGCAGAACCUCACCGCCUCCACCACCUCCCCGCCGCCCACCACCACCCCCUGCCGGGCCUGGGCGAGGUUACCUGAGGGGGCCCAUUACCUGGACACCCCCGGGCCACUGCAGGUGGGGGGCUGGGGGCACCCCCCGCCCCCCCACACUGAGUACGGAUGGCCCAGACCCCUGGUGGAGCACCCCUUCACCGGCUGCAUCAGGAACCUGCGGCUCAACGGGGAGCUUGUUGACCUUGGCCGGGGUCUGCUGGGCCGUCGCGGUGCCCCGGGCUGCCCCGCCGCUGACUGUGCCGCCCAGGGACUCACCUGUGGCCCCCAUGGCAGGUGCGCUGGUUCCCCCGGCAGCCUGCGGUGUGAGUGUGAGGCCGGGUGGGCGGGUGAGGGCUGCUCUGCCCCCACCCGGCCCACAGACUUCCUCCCCCACAGCUACAUCCGCCUGGCCCUCUCCUUCACGCCCCUCGCACACGCCACCUCGCUGCAGCUCAGGUUCCGCACAAGGCAGCAGGACGGGCAGCUGGCGGUGUUGUCGUCCCAGCGUGGCCACGACCGCCUGGUGCUGCAGCUGGUGCACGGCCGCCUGUGUCUGCUGCUGCACACACACCCGCGCCGCCGCCCACGCCCGCUGUGCCUCACCCGGGUGCGGCUCACCGACGGCAGGUGGCACGUCGUCAGGGCCGCCAGGCAUGGCUCCAGCACCUUACUGUCAGCGGACGAAGGUGACGGUGAACUGUACAAUGCCUCCAUACCACUGGGGGACGCUGAGGCCGCCAACACCAGCGCCGCCGCCACACUGCUGCAGGUGGACGGCCAGGUGGGGCUGCACAUCGGCGGCUCACCAGAGUACGCAGGUGUGAGCGUCAUCAAGAUACACGGCGACUACCAUGAUGGCUGUGUGGAUGACGUGCGGGUGUCCGGGCGGGUGGUGCCCCUCCCCCCCGCUCACAACAACACCCAGUGGGGCCAGACCAGCAUGUUCCAGGGGGUGCGGGAUGGCUGUGGCACCCCCCCGGCCUGCACCAACGUCACCUGCAGCCCCCCCCUCACCUGUGUGAACACCUGGCGGGCCUACCACUGCGGGUGUGGGGCAGGCCAGGUGUUGUCAGGUACGCGGGACAGCUGUGUGGAUGAGGAUGAGUGUGCCUGGGAGCCCUGUCUGCACGGCGGCACCUGUGUUAACGAGCCAGCAGGUUUCUUGUGCCGGUGUGCCUCGGGGUUCAGCGGGCGUCACUGUCACCUGAGUGGCCCCACCGACGCCUCCCUCAGGAUAUCCCUCACUGCCACCGUGGCCACCGUCGCCUGGUCCGUCCUGCUCCUGUUGUGUGUUGCAGUGUUGGUGUGCGCCUUUCUGCUCCACCAACACCACCGCCGGGCAGCGCUGCGGCGGGGCGGCUCGGGGCGGGUGAACAGCGACCACCAGUGCACCACAUCCUCCCCCCUGGGCCGGUCACACACCCUGGGGGCCAACGGGCAGCCUGUCUGGACCACUAGGACUGGGGGGGAGCCUGAUGUACUGGAGCUACAAGUCAACCACCAACACUCAGAUGUCUACCACCCAGCAUCCAUCGGGGAGACAGAACUGACUGGGGAGAAGGCCAACAAGAGGAGGAAGGGGAGUGUGAACGGCAUCAAUGGCGGCGGGGAGAAACGAAGAGGAGGAGGUUGUGAUGUAGCUGCCAGAGAUGACCUGAGGAACUACUCUUAUGAGGGUGAAGGGUCAUCGCCCGGCUCUCUGUCCUCCUGCCUGGAGAGCUGUGGGGGCAGUGCGAAGUUCCUGGGUGGGUUCAGGGAGGUGGCCCGGGCCCUGGAGAACUGGGAGGCUCCAAGCGGGCGGUCCACCCACUCCACACCCACCAAGGCCGACCCCUCCCCCUCCACCACCCUCUGCCACCACAACUACCACCAACACCAGUGCCCCCCCUCACCCAUACUAAGCUAUCUCACCCCCUGCCCCCCUUCCCCCUCUGCCCCCUCCCUUACCCAACCCACCACCACCCUCCCACCCCUCCCCCUCCUGCCCCCUAUCCUGCCCUCUGAUGGUGUAAGAGGGUAUCCUGUGCCUGAGUCCUAGUGUAAGUGUAGGAUGUGAUGGAAAUAAA